CAUCCUUUGAGCCUUCAGGCCGGACUUGGCCAGUCCUGGGGGACCCGGCGAAAAACACUCUUUUGCAGGUGAAUGAGUGCAUGCAACAACUUGCAAUCAUCAGCGCGCUGCAAACGUAAUUUCCACUAUUUAGAGGAUACACAUCGCACAUUGACUCUUUGGAGCAUAGUGACAGCAACAGUGACAAGGCCGUGCUGACUGCAGCGAAGCCAUGGAGGAUGGGAAGCCAGUGUGGGCCCCUCACCCCACAGACGGGUUCCAACUGGGCACCAUCGUCGACAUCGGAGCCGAUACGCUCACUAUAGAACCGUUGAAGGGCAAGACGUUCCUUGCGCCGAUGAGCCAAGUGUUUCCAGCAGAAGACGACGUCAACAAACAUGUGGAAGACAACUGCUCCCUCAUGUAUCUGAAUGAAGCCACUCUACUCAACAACGUCAAAGUGCGAUACACUAAGGAACAUAUCUAUACUUAUGUGGCCAAUAUAUUGAUAGCUGUCAAUCCUUACUAUGACAUCCCUAAACUGUACGGCCCUGAAGCUAUCAAGUCAUACAAGGGGAAAUCUUUGGGGACGCAGCCACCCCAUGUUUAUGCAAUUGCCGACAAAGCCUACCGAGACAUGAAGGUUCUGAAAAUGAGUCAGUCCAUUAUCGUUUCCGGUGAAUCGGGUGCCGGCAAAACUGAAAACACCAAGUUCGUUCUCAGAUAUUUGACCACAACUUAUGGAAGUGGUCAAGAUAUUGAUGAGAGAAUUGUUGAAGCAAAUCCCCUUCUGGAGGCAUUCGGAAACGCCAAGAGUGUCCGUAAUAAUAACAGCAGUCGCUUUGGAAAGUUUGUUGAAAUCCAUUUCAAUGAGAAGAAUGCAGUUGUGGGUGGAUUUGUCUCCCAUUAUUUGCUGGAGAAAUCGAGGAUUUGCAUGCAAAGUAACGAUGAGAGGAACUACCACAUUUUCUACAGGCUUUGUGCCGGAGCAUCUGAGGACAUUAAGAAGAAACUGCAUCUCGACUCACCAGACAGCUUCAGAUAUUUGAACCGAGGCUGCACCAGAUACUUUGCCAGCCCAAACUCCGAUAAGCAAAUCAUGCAGAACCGCAAGAGUCCCGAGCAUGUGAAAGUGGGCGCGCUGAAGGACCCUCUUCUCGAUGACCAAGGCGACUUUAAUAGGAUGUGCGUGGCCAUGAAGAAGAUUGGCUUGGAUGACGUGGAGAAGCUGGACUUGUUCAGGGUGGUCGCUGGGGUUCUGCACCUCGGCAACAUUGACUUUGAGGAAACGGGAAGUAGCUCAGGGGGCUGUGUUUUGAAGAAUCAAUCCAGACAGACUCUGGAGUAUUGUGCUGAUCUGCUGGGUCUGGACCAGGAUGAUUUGAAGGUCAGCCUCACAACAAGGGUCAUGCUUACGACAGCAGGGGGCGCUAAAGGAACAGUUAUCAAGGUGCCUCUAAAGGUGGAACAAGCUAACAACGCCCGCGAUGCCCUUGCCAAGGCCGUGUACAGCCGCCUCUUCGAUCAUGUGGUCAAACGAGUCAACCAAUGUUUUCCUUUCAAGUCCUCCUCAAGCUUCAUCGGGGUGCUGGACAUUGCUGGCUUUGAAUACUUUGAACACAACAGCUUUGAGCAGUUCUGCAUCAAUUACUGCAAUGAGAAAUUACAGCAGUUCUUUAACGAGCGCAUCCUGAAAGAGGAACAAGAACUCUAUCAAAAGGAAGGAUUGGGAGUGAACGAAGUGCAUUAUGUUGACAACCAGGACUGCAUUGACCUGGUUGAAGCAAAACUGGUGGGUGUGCUGGAUAUUCUGGACGAAGAGAAUCGUCUACCUCAGCCCAGCGAUCAACACUUUGCUCUGGCUGUUCAUAGCAAGCAUAAAGACCAUUUCAGACUUACGGUUCCUAGGAAAUCCAAAUUGGCGGUUCAUCGGAAUCUCCGGGAUGAUGAAGGAUUUAUCAUCAGGCACUUUGCCGGAGCUGUUUGUUAUGAAACGACUCGAUUUGUGGAGAAGAACAACGAUGCUCUUCAUAUGUCUUUGGAGAGCUUAGUGUGCGAAUCUAAGGACAACUUUGUUCGGGAGCUGUUUGAGACCUCCGCAACUAACAAGGACUCUAAACACAAGGCGGGGAAACUCGGCUUCAUCAGCGUUGGAAAUAAAUUCAAGACGCAGCUCAACUUACUGCUGGAAAAGCUUCGCAGCACUGGCUCCAGUUUUAUCCGUUGUGUCAAACCCAACCUGAAAAUGGUCAGCCACCAAUUUGAAGGCGCUCUGAUUCUCUCACAGCUGCAGUGCUCGGGAAUGGUGUCCGUGCUGGACCUGAUGCAGGGCGGCUUCCCCUCCAGAGCCCCUUUCCAUGAGCUUUACAACAUGUAUAAACAGUACAUGCCUGAUAAGCUAACCCGACUGAAUCCGAGACUAUUCUGCAAGGCUUUGUUCAAAGCGCUGGGGCUGAAUGACAAUGACUUUAAAUUCGGGUUAACCAGAGUAUUCUUCCGACCUGGAAAGUUUGCUGAGUUUGACCAGAUCAUGAAGUCGGAUCCUGACCACCUGGCAGAGCUGUUGAAGAAAGUCAACAAGUGGCUGUUGUGCAGCCAUUGGAAGAAGGUCCAGUGGUGUAGCCUGUCUGUGAUCAAACUCAGGAACAAGAUGAGCUACAGGGCUUUGGCCUGCAUUAAGAUUCAGAAGACGGUGCGCAUGUGGUUAUGUAAGCGGAAGCACAAACCGCGCAUCGAUGGUAUGGUAAAGGUGAAAAACCUGAAGAAGCACAUGGAACGUUUCAACGAGGUGGUCAACGAGCUGAAGGAGGGCAAACAGGAGAUGGCCAAGCUGGUUCAGGAGCUGGCAAUGUGUAUAGAUUCUCUAGCAGUCAAGAUAAAGAGUUCCCUAAUGACCCGGAAGGAGAUUGACACCGAGUACCAGGUGUUGGUGAAACGUUCAGAGCAGCUGCUGUCCUCCAUGCAGAAGAAGAAACAGCAAGAGGAGGAAUCUGAGAGGCUGAAGCGCAUUGAGGAGGAGAUGGAGAAAGAAAGGAAGCGGCGGGAGAUGGAAGAACAACGACGUGAGCAAGAGGAAGAGGAACGAAGACUGAAAUCAGAGAUGGAGCUGAAGCGGAAGCAGGAAGAGGAGGAUAGAAAAAAGAGAGAGCAAGAGGAGAAGGUCCUGCAGGCGGAGUUUAAAAUCCAGUUUGCUCUGGAGCGUGAGGAACAGGUCCAACGCACUGCCAUGCUGGAGCAAGAGAGACGUGACAGGGAGCUAGCCAUGAGGAUUGCUCAGAGUGAAGCCGAGCUGAUCACCGAAGAUGGUCAGCUGGACCCCAGUCUACGCAGGGGCCCUCAGGUGCAGGCAACCAAAGCCGCUGCUGGCGUUAAAAAGUAUGACCUCAGCAAGUGGAAGUACGCUGAACUGCGAGAUGUUAUCAACACCUCAUGUGACAUCGACCUGUUGGCGGCCUGCAGAGAAGAGUUCCACCGGCGCCUCAAGGUCUAUCAUGCGUGGAAGUCCAAGAAUAGAAAACGCAAUGACGACGGAAGCGAUCAGAGGGCUCCCAAAUCCAUCACUGACUACGCGCAACAGAACCCUACCCCCACCAUGAUGGCCCAGCACCAGGAAGUGGCUAUGAACCGGCAGCAGCGCUACUUCCGCAUACCUUUCAUUCGGCCCGCCGACCAAUAUAAGGAUCCGCAAAACAAGAAGAAGGGCUGGUGGUACGCCCACUUUGAUGGGCCCUGGAUUGCCCGACAGAUGGAGCUGCACCCGGAUAAACGGCCCAUUGUGUUGGUGGCAGGGAAGGAUGAUAUGGAGAUGUGCGAGCUAAGUCUAGAAGAGACCGGUCUGACCAGGAAGAGGGGUGCCGAGAUCCUACCCAGGCAGUUCGAGGAAAUCUGGGAGCGCUGUGACGGGAUCCAUUACCUGAAGAAAGCCAUCGAGAACAAGCAGGCCCGGCCCACGUACGCCACCGCCAUGCUGCAGAAUCUCCUCAAGUAAACUUGUCUAAGUCAACACUUGUCAGAAGGUGAGCGGGAUGAGCUAGAUGAUGCAGUCUUUCCAGUCUUCUUUAAUGCUGUGUUUGUAGAAGUUGUGUUCAGAGGCCUUAAAUUUGCACCUCACCAAAAAGUCCAACCUGAGACCUUAAUGAGCGGUGCAUUAAUUAUUGUUGUUUUAAUCAUGCGUGUAAGCGUUGGUUCUACGAUCAUCGUUUCAUCUCAAUCUUUAAUCUUUUUUUGUAUUUAUGCUCAUGUGAUAUGCAGGAGGACCUUUUUCCUUGUCACGUUUGCUGUGUUUGUUUGCUUCUUCAAAACGCUCACACAUCGUCUUUCAUCUUUGCGUUCUGUUUGUAUUUGCCCUUCAACACUUUAGAGAAUAAAAUAUAUUAUCCCGA